AGAAUAGACAUAAGAGUGACUGAAGCAAUAAAGAAUAAAGUCCUAUCCAACGGCUGACUAUCAAAAACUCAGACAAAUGAUUCGCCGGCCGAUCUACAACUCCUCCGCCGUGUCUCGUCACCCAACUUCUCCAAUCUCUUCAUUCUUACGUUCUCUAUUCUCUACUUAUUCAUCUGAAAACAACAAUGAACCCAUUGUAUCAAAGCGGAACCCUAAAUCCCCAUUCGGGUCUCCGACCCGGGUCCAAAAGCUCAUAGCUUCGCAAUCGGAUCCUCUCCUCGCCAAAGAGAUCUUCGAUCACGCCUCCCAACAUCCCAGUUUUCGCCACUCCCAAUCUUCUCACCUCGUCCUCAUCCUCAAACUCGGCCGUUCUAGACAUUUGAAUCUCAUCGACGACGUUCUCGCCAAUCACAGAUCGAGUGGUUACCCAGUCACUGGAGAGCUUUUCACGUAUCUGAUCAAAGUCUACGCGGAAGCAAAGCUACCGGAUAAAGUGUUUCGAACGUUUUACAAAAUGCUCGAGUUCAAUUUCACGCCACAGCCCAAACAUCUGAAUCGGAUCCUCGAGGUCCUCGUGAGCCAUAGAGGUUUUCUCCACAAAGCUUUUGAGCUUUUCAAGAGUGCGCGGCUUCACGGGGUGAUGCCCAACACGAGAACAUACAACAUACUGAUGCAAGCGUUCUGUCUGAACGAUGACUUGAGUAUUGCAUACAAGCUGUUCGGUAAAAUGCUUGAGAGAGAUGUCGUCCCUGAUGUGGAGUCUUAUAGGAUUCUGAUACAAGGGUUUUGCAGGAAAGGACAAGUGAAUGCUGCUAUGGAGUUACUUGAAGAUAUGUUGAAUAAAGGGUUUGUACCCGAUAGGUUGAGUUACACUACAUUGUUGAACAGUUUGUGUCGGAAGACCCAGCUUAGAGAGGCUUAUAAGGUUCUAUGUAGGAUGAAAUUGAAAGGCUGUAACCCUGAUAUUGUGCAUUACAACACGAUGAUUCUCGGGUUUUGCAGACAAGGUUGUGCUAUGGAUGCCAGGAAGGUUCUUGAGGAUAUGUCGUCUAACGGUUGCUCGCCUGAUUCGGUCUCGUAUAGGACAUUGAUUGUGGGGUUGUGUGGUGAAGGGAUGUUUGAGGAAGGCAAGAAGUAUCUACAAGAGAUGAUAUUAAACGGGUUUUUCCCUCACUUUUCGGUUUCUAAUUGUUUGGUGAAAGGGUUUUGCAGCUUUGGGAAAGUAGAAGAAGCAUGUGAUGUGGUGGAGCUUGUGAUGAAGAAUGGGAAUGCAUUGCAUUCGGACACUUGGGAGAUGAUAGUUCCUAUUAUCUGUAAAGAAGAUGACUCUGAGAAGCUCAAAAUGUUUAUUGAAGAUGCUAUGAAAGUAGAGAUAAGGGGUGAUACCAGACUCGUUGAUGCGGGUAUCAGUUUAGGGUCUUAUCUUUCUAGUAAGCUACAGAUGAAACGUAAGAAUGUCAGAGAGAGGAGACGUUUGUAGGUUCCUCCUAUUGUUGAAGAUAAAGUUCUGUUUAUCUGAUAUAUAUAUCAAGAAUCAAUACAAACCAAUGCGUUGAUCUUAA